AGCGCCCGGACAGCGGCGCCGCCCACGGGCAUGGACGGAGGUAGCUGCAGCAGCGGUAGCGGUCCGGCUCCCGGCCCAGGUCCGGAAGGGGAGCAGCGGCCCGAAGGGGAGCCCUUGGCCCCAGAUGGCAGCUCCCCGGACAGGUCCCAGAGCAAGGAUGUGGCCCCUGAGGCAAGCCCAGAAAGAAGCUGUUCCCUCCACAGCUGCCCCCUAGAGGACCUUUCCAGUUCUUCGGGACCUCCACCAGCAACUUCUACCCUCCAGCCUGUGGGCCCAUCCAGUCCCUUGGCCCCUGCCCACUUCACUUAUGCCCGGGCACCACAGGAAUCCCGGGGGGGCAGUUCCCUGCCAGGGCUUGGGGACCGGGCAGCUCUGUGCUCCCAUGGCUCCAGCCUCAGCCCUUCCCCAGCCCCGUCACAGCACGAUGGAGCCUGGAAGCCACCAUCUGUGCAACGCCAUGUGGUCAGCGUCAGGCAGAAACAGGCCUUCCGGAUGCCAAAGAGCUAUUCCCAGCUGAUUGCUGAGUGGCCAGUGGCAGUGCUGCUGCUGUGUCUAGCUGUCAUCCUCCUCUGCACCCUGGUUGGACUCCUGGGGAGCCACCUGCCCGACUUCUCCACGCCCUUGCUGGGCUUUGAGCCUCGGGACACAGAUAUUGGGCGCAAGCUAGUGGUCUGGAGAGCACUGCAGACCCUCACGGGCCCCAGGAAGCUGCUUUCCCUUUCCCCAGACCUUGAGCUGAACAGCUCAAACCCACAUACCACCCUGAGCCCUGAACCCUGGAGCAGUGCCCAGGAGGGCAUGGUCCGGCCCCGGAGGAUGGUGGAGCCCCUAGAGGACAGAGGGCAAGAAAGUUUCUUCUGUGGCCCCCCUGAAAAGAGCUACGCACAGCUGGUGUUCAUGUCCACCUCAGCGGGCAGCCUGUGGAACCUACAUGCCAUCCAUUCCAUGUGUCGCAUGGAACAGGACCGGAUCCGCUCCCAUACUCACUUCGGGGCUCUGUGCCAGCGCACAGCUGCCAACGAGUGCUGCCCCAGCUGGUCCCUGGGCAACUACGUGGCCGUGCUCUCCAACCGCUCCUCCUGCCUGGACACCACUCAAGCAGACGCAGCGCACACACUGGCCCUGCUUCGGGCCUGUGCCCUCUACUACCACCGUGGUGCCCUGGUACCCUCUUGUCUGGGACCGGGGCAGGAUAAGCCCCCACGCUGUUCCCAGGUACCCACCAAGUGCUCCCGGAGCAGUGCCAUAUACCAACUUCUGCACUUUCUGCUGGACAGGGACUUUCUGAGUCCCCAGACUGCUGACUACCAGGUGCCCUCCCUCAAGUACAGCCUGCUCUUCCUGCCCACCCCAAAGGGUGCCUCCAUGAUGGGCAUCUACCUGGACCGCUUAGCCACCCCCUGGGAGCUCUCAGACAAUUACACGUCCAUCACCGGCAUGGACCUGGGCCUCAAGCAGGAGCUGCUGAGGCACUACCUGGCCCAGGAUACAGUGUACCCCUUGCUGGCCCUGGUUGCCAUCUUCCUCAGCAUUGCCCUCUACCUGCGCUCUCUCUUCCUCACGUUCAUGGUGCUGCUAGGGGUGCUGGGCUCCCUGCUGGUGGCCUUCUUUCUUUACCGAGUGGCCUUUCGAAUGGCCUACUUCCCCUUCGUCAAUCUGGCGGCCCUCGUCCUGCUCAGCAGCGUCUGCAUCAACCACACUCUUAUCUUCUUCGAUCUCUGGCGUCUCAGCAAGAGCCAGCUGCCCUCUGGAGGGCUGGCGCAGCGCGUGGGCCGCACCAUGCACCACUUCGGCUACCUGCUGCUGGUCUCCGGACUCACCACCAGCGCGGCCUUCUACGCCAGCUACUUAAGCCGUCUCCCAGCCGUGCGCUGCUUCGCCCUUUACAUGGGCACAGCUGUGCUGGCGCACCUGGCGCUCACGCUGGCCUGGCUGCCUUCCUCCGCGGUGCUUCAUGAGCGCUACCUGGCGCGCGGCUGUGCGGCCCGGGCGCAGGGCCCGUGGGCCGGCAGCGCACCCCGGCGGCUAGCGCUGGCGCUGCACCGGAGGCUCCGCGGGCUUCGGAGGGCCGCGGCCGGCACCUCGCGCCUGCUCUUCCAGCGCCUCCUGCCCUGCGGCGUCAUCAAGUUCCGCUACAUCUGGAUCUGCUGGUUCGCGGCGCUGGCGGCAGGGGGCGCCUACAUCGCCGGUGUCAGCCCCCGCCUUCGGCUGCCUACCCUGCCACCGCCCCGCGGCCAGGUCUUCCGACCCAGCCAUCCCUUCGAGCGCUUCGAUGCAGAGUACCGCCAGCAGUUCCUGUUCGAGCUGCUACCUGAGGGCGAGGGAGGCCACAUGCCCGUGGCUUUAGUGUGGGGUAUCCUGCCUGUGGACACUGGGGACCCCCUGGACCCUCGCAGCAACAGCUCGCUGGUAAGUGACCCUGCCUUCUCAGCCAGCAGCCCUGAGGCCCAGCGCUGGCUGCUGACCCUCUGCCACAGAACUCGGAAUCAGAGUUUCUUUGGUGCCCAGCCCGAGGGCUGGCCCACAGUGUGCUUCGUGGAGACCCUCCAGCACUGGAUGGAGAGCCCUGGUUGUGCCCGCCUGGGGCCUGGCCUCUGCUGCGGCCACUCAGGCUUCCCCUGGGCACCCCAGCUUUUCCUGCACUGCCUCAAGAUGAUGGCUCUGGAGCAAGGCCCGGAGAGCUCCCGUGACCUGGGACCCCGCUUCAAUGCCCAGGGCAGCCUGACUGCCCUGGUCCUACAGUUCCAGACCAACUUCCAGUAUAGUCCAGAUUACAACCAGGCACACCGCUUCUACACUGAGGUCAGCCACUGGCUGGCAGCAGAGCUGCGCAGGGCACCGCCCGGCCUCCGCCAAGGUUGGUUCACCAGCCGGCUGGAGCUGUACAGCCUUCAGCACAGCCUGAGCACCGAGCCUGCUGUGGUGCUGGGCCUGGCUCUGGCGCUGGCCUUUGCCACACUGCUGCUGGGUACCUGGAAUGUCCCACUUAGCCUGUUCUCUGUGGCAGCUGUGGCAGGCACUGUACUGCUCACCGUGGGGCUCCUGGUUCUACUUGAGUGGCAGCUCAACACUGCUGAGGCACUCUUUCUCUCUGCCUCUGUGGGCCUCUCGGUAGACUUCACUGUCAACUACUGCAUCUCCUAUCACUUGUGCCCACACCCCGACCGCCUGAGCCGCGUGGCUUUCUCACUGCGUCAGACCAGCUGCGCCACGGCCAUGGGGGCUGCAGCCCUGUUUGCGGCUGGUGUGCUCAUGCUGCCUGCCACAGUGCUGCUCUAUCGCAAGCUGGGCAUUGUCCUCAUGAUGGUCAAGUGCGUCAGCUGUGGCUUUGCCAGCUUCUUCUUCCAAUCUCUCUGCUGUUUUUUUGGACCGGAGAAGAACUGUGGUCAGAUCCUCUGGCCCUGUGCCCACCUGCCGUGGGAUGCUGGAACGGGGGAGACGCGGGGCGAGAAAGCAGGCCGCCCACGGCCAGGGCCAUCAGGAGGGGCGCCCGGCUCUUGCUCAGAGCAGUAUGAGCUACAGCCCCUGGCACGGCGCCGGAGCCCCAGCUUUGACACCAGCACAGCCACCAGCAAACUGUCCCACCGGCCCUCAGUGCUCUCCGAGGAUCUACAGCUGCAUGACGGCCCCUGCUGCUCCCGUCCCCCACCGGCCCCUGUCUCCCCAAGGGAGCUGUUCCUGGACCACAAGGCAGUCUUCAGCCAGUGCCCAGCCCUGCAGACCUCCUCCCCUUAUAAGCAGGCUGGCCCCAGCCCCAAAAACCAGGCCGGGCAGGACUCCCCAGGACAGAAAGCUGAGCCUGCGCAAGCUUCACCAGACGCCCCAGACCACGCCCCGGAGCCUGAAGCCGCAGAGCCACCUGAUUGCCUCUGCUCCUCAGCCAGCACCCUGGAGGGGCUCAGCGUCUCCGACGAGACCUGCCUAAGCACCUCUGAGCCCAGUGCCCGUGUGCCAGAUUCCAUGGGUGCCUCCCCAGAGGACCUGGAUGAAACUGAGCAAUCAGUACCUGAGCGGGGCCAGCUGAACGGGAAGCGGGACACCCUGUGGCUGGCGCUGAAGGAGACUGUGUACGACCCAUCACUGCCUGCCUCCCACCAGAGCAGCUCGUCCUGGAAGGGCCGUGGGGGGCCCGGGGAUGGCAGCCCUGUUGUGCUGCCCAACAGCCAGCCAGAUCUGCCAGAUGUUUGGCUGCGCAGACCCAGCACCCAUACUUCAGGCUACAGUAGCUGAGGGAGGCCCAGGGAGGCCAGACCAGGGUACAGAGCCUGUCAGGGAUGACAAGGCAGGGACAGCCAUCCAGCUGGAGCCUGAUGGUACUUCCCCAUGUCAGCAUGGAGAGGUCUCACCCUCCAGCUGUGGACUUUAAACCCUGCCAGGUGUCUGGAGAAUUCAGUGGGCAAAGUCUUUGGAGGGAAAUGCCAAGCUCUCCUUGUGACCUGCUGAAGGCUUCUGUGCCCCCACAGUGCCAACCAGGACCCACCCUGAGCAAAAGAGUCCUGGGGAAUCGCAGCAGCCUCCGGGGCCUCACACUUUCCAGGAGCUCUUUAUCAGAAUCUCUUUGGGGAGAUUCUUUGUGCCAGAAUUGGGCUGGGGACUCUGUCCUGAACUGCCCUUCCCCCUUCAUGUACCCCAAUCUGACCAGAAGUUCACAAGGCCAGGCAGAGAUGGGAGGAGCAGAAGGAGGAGGGCUGGUCAGCCUCGGGCCAUCCCUAUGAUGUGGCAGGCUGGUCCCUCCUAGGAAGCUGCUGUGGCAGGGAAGAGUGGUCUCCCCUGUUAACAAUCAGAGUCCUUUCCAUCCCUGCCUCUUUUAAUUUACAGAACACUUCUGUUCCUGUUGUCUCCUUGGGCUGUCAUUUCACUAUGGGGUAGCCUGCAGUCGGCCACGUUCUUUUGCCUCCAAUUCAUAGGUAAAGAUGUUUAAAAUAAGUAAAGUGAAGUGA